CUCCUCCACCACAUCGGUGAUAUGCGGAAUUACCUCGCAUUCAAAAUGAUGAAGACUUUUUGGCUGCGAAACAUGAAUGGUAUUUUUGGAUCAAACAUUUUCACUCUUGGUGGUCGACGAGCAAUCAUCACGCCAGUUAUCAGCCUGGGUUUCAGGUGGUUGUUAGAGUAUCUUUACAUCAGACUGAUCAGUCCUAGAUAACAUGCAGUAGAAUUGAAUAGAAGAUGUACUCAAUUGUCAGACCACGCUUGAAAUACUCGGUCAAUCCGAUUGAAC